ACCUCAGGUAAUCUAGCUUGUGCAUUCUCCAGCCUGCGCGCGGCGGCUCUCUCUGCUUCUCGUGUACUCGCAGAGUUUCGUCUCCUUCGACAGUCCCAGAGCGAGUCUCAGACAUGGCAGGAUCCACUGGAAGCUUCGACACCGAGGCCAAGAAGCCCGUCGGGGUAGACGCCCCCACCGGACACGGGAAGAUGAUCCUGGCGACGCUCCGCGCCUUGACAUUCGCCACUUCCUUGACUGCGUUUCUGCUGAUGAUCACGGACAAGCAGGGCGUGACUCUCCCCAAUCCUGACGGCACUUCCACCAGGGCCCACGCCAAAUGGCACUACGAUGGAACUUUCAUCUACCACGUCGUGGCUACUGGAAUUGUGUUCAUCUACACCCUGGCCGCGACUGCCGCCACCUUCACCAUCAAGACCGCUAACGCAGCUUUCGUCUUCUUCCUGUUGGACUUGGUUGGCAGCUACUUGCUGAUCUCCUCUGUCUCAUCCGUGGUCGGAGUCGCCUACAUUGCCCGAGAAGGAAACUCGCACUUGGGCUACGGAGAAGUUUGCAGUAUCUUCGACAAGUUCUGUAACCAGAUCAUCGCCUCGGGAGUCAUCACCGUGGCUUCAUUCGUAUUCUUGUUGCUGGCGGUGAUCGUCGGAGCCUUCAAGCUGAUGAAGCACUGGGCUUACGUCAGUUAGAGACUGUGCCACAGUUCGAACGGCUGCUAGCAAACAACAUUCCUAGCUGCGCAGAAGCUGACAUCCUUCUGUUGAUGAAGUCAAAACCGUUGUACAUUAGAAUGCUCUCUAUGUCAACCCGGCUAUCUUUAAGCUAAAUACUUCCGUAAAAGUAUAAUUUUUUUUGGUGUCAAACCUAGAAGCUAGCUAGUACGUGACCCCUUCGGUGGCCACUGUGGAAUUCAGCUGUAGACUUGUAGAUGUGAAACCUGGUUGUGAUCGGACUCACAAUCAUAAUGAUGUAUCUUUAAACGAGUCUCAUUCACUUCUUGAGAAAGAAAUAAAUGUAUGGUUUAAAACUCCCAUUUUCUUGGUUUUACGCCGCGCAGCAGAGGCGGUUGUUGAAUCCAAGCCCUUGAAUAUGGUCAUUCGUGAAACUGUAAAAUUUCUAAAUUUUAUU